AUGGCGUCGUCUUCCUCCGCUUCUGCUUCAACCGCGCCAGAGAGUGUGAACAGCACACCAGACAAGCAAACGCCCAGGAUAUACCCAUCAGGCUUUCGGUUCUCUUCUGCAGGCAGGACCAAGCACACGGCACAUGAAGAGACGAAUGGGAAAACUGGGAAACUGCAGAGUUCCGCAGCGUCUACACCAGGACUCGGUUACUACGGAAACUCGGCGAAGCAAGGAGUUGCGAACCAGCCCGGAUCAGCCAUCGUGGCGAGUCAGAUGUUCAAAACAAAGUUGUGCAUCGACAAUCAGACAAAGGGAUGCAGUAGAGGCGCCGAAUGUCCCUAUGCCCACUCCGUCGAUGAAAUGAGAAGCCUGCCUGAUUUAAGAAAAACAAAAAUGUGCUCUCUUGUCCUUUCAGGCAAAGGAUGCAAGAAUAAAGCAUGUAAAUUUGCACAUUCUGAGGACGAACUUCGCUACACCUGCAAUUUUUCAGAAUUCAAAACUCGUAUUUGCCGCUUUGCGCAAGAGCAAGGAGGCCGCGGGUGUCUGUAUGGCGUGAGGUGUCCGUAUGCUCACUCCCCGUCUGAGCUGCGUCAUCUCGAGUCCCCCACAAUUUCCCCGACUGAGAUUCUGGUACAAGAGAGGAAAACGCGUGUGCCUUUCGUUUCCAAAUCACCUCACACCAAAGUUGUACUUUCUUCUUCCAAGCCGGGUUCUUGUCCACUGAAGAAAAAAGCAGAAGUCGCUCAAGAAAGUCAAAAGAAGACAUCGGCGUCUCUCGAACAUCAGCUACAGGGGAGGCACGGCUGCAGGCCUUCUCUCAACAGCGAAGAACGGAGAAGAGAUAGUGCAUGGGAAAAAACUUCUGGAGGUGAAUCACCCUAUUUCCCGAGCGUGGAGAAACUGAAUUGCACGCCGCAGAAGGCAACCGCAUGUAGAUCGAGCCACGAGUCUGCCGGUGUGCAUCUUCUGCCAUCGGAAAACCGCCUUCAACAAUGUAAACAGGCUUCCUAUAGUCAGACAGGGAACGAUGAGGAACUCGGUAGCUCCUCCCAAGAAAAUAGAGACAAAGAAACUUCUCUUUUGCCACUCGGUUUCGAAGCGAGUAACAGAAUGCCACGAUCGCUCGCGAAAGGACACCGUGCGGCGACCGAGAACGCUGGAAAGUUUGCCAGCACACCCGUCGAUUCAACAGAGCCAAGGCAUGAAAAUAAGUCGGAGAAUCAAGCAUUUUUGCUUAGAGACUGUGCCUCCUGUGAUAAACCACUUACUGAAGGCACGGCCAUGCCCCGGACGAGAAAGCAGGAAACUAAAUCACCUCUUUUUCAAGCCCAGCAGCCUCCCUCCUUUCUUGUCUCUUCCUCAAAUGCUGUCGUUCCACCACCAUCCGCCCAAGAUCGAGAUUCCAGCUCUUUUACUCUGAUCGAUAAUGCCGCUCUAGAUGCUCAUACAAUGGCUCGAGUGCUUUCUGCCGGUGGCCUGCGAGGCGCGGAAGCGAACAUGCCCGGGACUCCACCUAAGCAGAACUAUCCUUGUGAAAAGACUCGCACCCUCAAAACGCUCAGUGGGGGUUCCAAUACUCCGCCUGCUACAACUACCUACAGGGCACAGGCACACACACUGUCCGCGCUGAAUACUGCCUUUUCUACCGAGGAGAUUUUCUUUCCCAUGGCUCCUCGCCCAAAGAAAAUGGAAGAAGAUGUGUUUAACUCUGUGCUGCCUCCGUCCCUGCCUCUCGUUGCAUCUUCGCCGUUCCUAGACAAGCGAAACGCGACUCAAUCCUCGUCGGAAGCAACCCCCCUUCUUCCUCCGCCUGGAUUCGAACAUAUCCGUUUGGAGAAGAAAGACGCGUCCUGUGGAAAGAAAAUGCCUGAUUUCGUGGAGAAUCUCAGGGAAGGUCCGCUCACUUCUUCUUUUUCCGAAAACACUGAAGUGGACCAGCAUGAGCAGCUCUUCCUACAACUGCAGAGGCAGCUCUUACUGCAGUGUUGGGGCAAGGUGGAUGACGACGCUCUGUUACUUCCAAGAAACCUGGCUCUUGCGCCCACCGCAAACCCCGGAGGACGGGCUGAGCAAGAACACAACACUGGCACGCCUGUUUCCUCUGACCUUUCCAAUGACAUCUUCCACCGCCCGGGGCACGCGUCGCGCCUGCCCGUUGACUGGGUCAUGUGGGAAAGUGAAUUGCAAGGGGGAAACGCUCAACAUACACUCGGAGGAUUUGCUGACCAGGAGCUGUGUUCUUCGAAGUUCCUGACGCCCCGUGAUGAUAAAUUCGCUUCAUCGGCAGCUAACAAGCAGUUUCUUGACGUACACAGCGUACCACAGCCCCUCUUCGUUGGGAAGUUUACUCCAACAGGGGCGAAAACGAGCCGCAACAAUGGCCUCGGGACCCUGUCGGUGAGAGAGAAAGGCGACCAAAAAGAACUGAGUAUGCUUACAGGAAGAAAACUGAAAGAAAACCAAGAACUUGGAGAGCUUCUAGUUGCAGCAGAGUCCUGGCAGUCAGCUAUGGUGCCGUGA